UGAAGCAGGGCAGGCUGGCCACCAUCGAUCCAGGGAUCAUGGAGUUAUCACUGAUGGCAGCACAGCAUUUCCCGGCUGUGAGUGGGGCCUUCAUGGAUUCCCCAUAUAAUGGCAACACGUCCUUGCAGACGUCCACCUCCAACCUCAACGCCAGCUACUCUCGACCCUCAGAAACAGAGGACGAUGGUAAAGUGUCCAGUGACACCAUCUGGCUGUGGAUUGCUGUGCUGGCAACCAUCGGCAACAUAGUGGUGGUGGCUGUGGUUUGUGCCUGUGCCUUCUAACAAGAUGGAAGAGUGGAGCAAAAACACUGAUGAUAAU